UGUGUAUGUAUAUUUUUGCUCAUAUUUGCAUUAUUAGAAUUGAAAGCAGGGCCUCCCCUGGUGGCGCAGGCGAUCGAGUGCCACGCUAUGAAGCUGUCCACAGCCUGCAGCGCUGGUUCGAUCCUGGCCGGCCGGCGAGGGUCCCACAUGGCGCGGCACGCCUCUCCUGUCUCACCUGCUGCUCCCCUCAACAGUAUAUUUCGUCAGUCUGCCUGUUCUGUUCCCCACUUUGUCUCUGGUAACUCUUCUCACCCUCCCGCACAUCUGGCCUAUACCCUGGUUCUUGUAUUUAAAAAAAAAAAAAAAAAAGUAUUGAAAGCAUAAGCAAAUCUGGGCCAUAACAGUUAAUUUAGAAACAACUACCAAUUCAGCAGGCAGUCUGCAUUAUAAAUUAUCAUUGACAAUGUGUACACAAGGCCUAUUCUUGCUUUAAAUGUUUCCUUUUUUUAGUUUUUUUUUUAUUGAGAUAACAUUGGUUUACAAUACUGUAUUAUAGCAUAGAAUUCAAAAACUGCUCACAGAUUCUCAACCAUUCUUAGGCCAAACACAUAUAUAAAAUAAACACAAUUUCUAUUUUUUAUGUGUUUUAUACACUUUAUAUAAAGAAAUUAAUGCACAGAUGUGAGCUUACGUUUUUAUAUUAACAAUAAGAUUGAUGAUAUAAGCAAGAAGUAUUGCUAUAACAAAUUGCCUUAUAACAAUUAGUUAUAUAGAUAAUACUAACAAAGUUGUAUAAAACUCCCAUCUGGGGCAGGAGUGAGGGGAAUGGAUUAGGGAAGGAUACAAUAAACACUACACCUUUCUCUGCCAUUGGUCCUCUUUUUUUUUUUUUUAAAAAAGAUUUAUUUAUUUAUAUAAGAACCCGGGUACAGGUCAGAGGCACGGGAGGGUGAGAGGAUUCACCAGAGACAGAGCUGGGAACAGAACAGGCAGACUGACGAAAUAACACUGCUGAGAGGAGCAGCGGGCGAGACAGAAGAGGUCUGCCUUGCCAUGUGGGAUUCUCACCCAGCCGGCCAGUAUUGAACCCAUGCUGCAGAGGCGGACAGCUUCACAGCGCUGCGCUCAACCACCUGCGCCAUCAGGGAGGCCCUCAUUUGUUCUCUUAAAAAUAAAUUUAUACAUAGUAAAUAGAAUUUGUUAAAUAAGAGGAGAGUGUACAUGGGUGUUAGUUUUAAAUAUUAAAGUUUUAGAAACUGGAGGUAUUUAUUCAUCUAGUUUGGAUACAAUUCAUUCUUCCCACUCAUCAUAAUAAGGUAUUAUUGUCAAUUAAAAUAAAUCAGAAAGUGAAUGAGAAAGCGCUUUAAAGUGCCAGGACCAUAAAGCCACAAUCUAUAGCUUGUGCAUAUGCUCUAUCACUCACUUUCUCAGUUGGUCUCCCUCCCUCCCUCACUCCCUCCCUCCCUCCCUCCUACCACACACAAGCACACAUUAUAGCUUUAUUUAUUUCUAUUUUUUCCAACAUAUGAAGUAUAAUAACAUUAGCAUGGAUUUUGAAAUCACAAAAAUCUAAUUUGAAUCUGAUUGCUAUCAUUUCAUUUCUAUUAUAUAGACAGUCUUUUGUGGGAGUUAAAUAAAUUUCUGAUUUAGCCCUUGUAACUAGACAAUAAUACCAACUUUUUCUUGUUUAUUAUAAAGAAAAAUAUGUAAAAUACUUAACAUCAUUUCGUAAUUAGUGAUCAUUUAGUAAACAUUCACCUCCCUUGUGUUUCUCCUUUCUUUGUUAAGGUUUAAAGAUCUAUCUUAUUUUUAUAAAAUUAAACUUUUUAAAAAAUUUAUUUAUGCAUACAAGAACUGGGAUGUCGGUCAGAGGUGCGAAGGGGGUGAGAGGAUUCACCAGAGACAGAGUGGGGAGCAGAACAGGGAGAUGGACCGAAGACACUGCUGAGGGGAGCAGCUGGUUAAACAGGAGAUUAAAAAUGCUGUACCAUUUGGGGUAGCUCCUUGGCCAGGUAGCACACUCAUGCUGCAGUGGCUGCAAUAGCUUGAUAGCACUGAGACUUAGCCUUUGCACCACCAGAGAGCCCCUAAAAUUAAGUUUUUUGACUUUGUUCUUUGUCUUUCAUUCUCACCUAAUUUAUUUUUGACCUUAUUUUGAAGUUUUGCAUGUCAGUCAAGAUAUAGCUACAAUUGCAUCAUGGGAUUUACUUUCUGAAUUACUCUUUCCCAAUGAUAUUGUUAUAAUGGGAACCCUUAUAAAUACAAAGAACUUAGAGAAUGAAUCAAAGAGAAAAAUAGUUUCUGAAGGGGUGAUUUGGCAAAACUGAUUGUUUAAAAGUUCUUUCUAGGUUUUUAAAUGAAAUAAGUUGCAUGAUCAAUUAUCAUAACUUCAAAUAGAGCAAUUUAUGACUUCUUUUCUUUUUACCCAUUUUUUUUUUUUACAACUGGAUCGAAUACUACGCUCUAAUCCAGGCCCAUGUAACACCUGAUUAAAUUAGAAGUUUUUUAUGGGAGAAAUAGUUUUUUUAAUCACAUAUAAAAAAUGUGAAGGUACUAGAUUAAAGAUGGGGAAGAGAUACCUUUAUUACUUUUUUUGAUACCUUUAUUAUUUAAACUAUGUUAAAAUGUAUCAUACGAUAGAGCAUUGAAAUGACCUUAAAAAAUAGUAUCCCUCGAAAUAAGACAGAAGGAAGAAGAAAAAUAUCAGAUGGUUUCACUUACAGGAGGAGUAUAGGGGAACCAAAUAAGGGAUCAGGAAAAAAAAUAACAAUAGUAAUAAAUAAAAAAACAAAAUUAGCAGGCAACUAUAAAUCAGAGACAUUCUGCAAGGGAGGGGAUGCAGAGGGAUCAAAACAGGGUAGGGAAGAACACAAGGGACCAAUGAAUUGGUAGUGGGAAUUCUAUGGGGACUAUACCUGAGAGGAGAAAGCACACAGUACAAAAAUGAACAGUGAUGUAAAAUAUAUAUGUAAAUAAAAAAAAAAAAAAACCAACAGCAUUCCUCAAGACCAUGUUUUUCUUCCAGUUUUUUUUUCCCCCCACAUCAGAAGGGUAAUGUGCCGACGUCGUAACAAGGUUUAAGGGAGGCACAUCUCACACAGCCGUGAGAACACCCAAUCAUCAUGCUUAUGAACCAGAAGAGGAUCACCCUCCUCCAGUUCUUAUUUAAGUUAAUAUUGUGGUCAUCUGAUUUUGUCUUAAAGUAACAUUACCUUUGAGAGAGACAGUAGUUUUUUUUCUAUUUUUAACCUGUAUUUUCUGGGAUCUUUGGUGUAAUAAAUGUAGGUAUCAGCUAGUAUAAUUAUUUCCCAUUGUGUUUAAAUGAUUUGAGAUAAAAGAGUAGUCUUUGAGGUUUAAUCUCUUUAUCGAGUAUUAACUACUGUUAUGGAGUAGUACUUAAAUCUUAAAUGCUAGGAAGCAUCAUUAUCUUCCAAUGGGAAAGAAUUUAAGUACCCAGUUGUAUAAUGUUACAUAGUAUGUAUUCCAUAUUGGACUUAGAUUCUUUGGGUUAAAGUAUAUUUUAAACAGAUAUAGUAAAACAUUACUCAGUAUCAGAACACUUACACAUUUUAUAAGUGUUUUGUUUUUCAGGAAAUGUUCUUUAGUAAAUACUCUUUGAAUGUAAAUCAUGACAACAUGAAAAUAAUUAUAUUAGGGGAAUUCAUAUUUAAAACAGAAGAGUAAUUAUUGUGUAGCAUUAGAACCAUGAAUGGCAGUUUGAUGGACUGGAGAAGAAAUAGUGUCCAAUACAUUAGUGACAUAUUUCUCAACUUCAGCAAUAGUGCUGCUUAGAGGCAGGGCCUCCCCAGUGGCGCAGCAGGUUGAACGCAGCGCUGUGAAGCUGUCCACAGCCUCUGCAGUGCCAGUUCGAUUCCCAGCCAGCCGGGGAGAUUCCCACAUGGCACAGCAGACCUUUCCUGCCCCCCCCCACCCCCCCAGCUCCCCUCAGCAGUAUAUUUCGGUCAUUCUGCCUGCUCUGUCUCUGGUGAGUUCUCUCACCCUCCCUCGCCUCUGGCCUGUACCCCAGAGCUUGUAUAAGUAAAUAAAUCUUUAAAAAAAAAAAGGCUUUAGAGUUACACCUUUCAUGCACAGUGGCAUAUAUAACUUUAAUGUGUAAAUUUUAACUUUCUGGGGUGGGGGGGGAAAUGAGAAAGUAUAUGAGUUACCUUAAAAAUUAAAAACUUUUGGGCCUCCCCGGUGGCCCAACGGUUGAGCGCUGGGUUGCGAAGCUGCCCGCAGCCUCUGUAGCACCGGUUCGAUCCCCGGCUGCUCCCCGGCCACUGGAGGAGGGUCCCAUAUGGCGCGCAGACCUCUCCUGCAGUGCCCGCUGCUCCCUUCAGCAGUGUACUUCCGUCCUUCUGCCUGCUCUGCUCCCCGCUCUGGCUCUGGUGAAUUCUCUCACCCUCCCGUGCUUCUGACUGUACCCAGUGCUUGUAUAAAUAAAUAAACAAACAAACAAAUAAAUAAAUAACUCUUUAAAAAAAAUUAAAAACUUUUGCUGCUAAAAUACAGCUAUGUUUACUGUUUGAAUAUAUUGGUUAGGACAUACUCUUUUCCACUCUUUGAAGGAGUUUGGGUAAGGACAUAGCUUGAAAACACCUCUGAGAGAGAGUAUUCUGGUUUAUGGAUUAGAUUGCAUUGGUAAACAGGAAAACAAAUUGGUGAAUAUGAGUUAAUAAAAUUUUUGGAUAAGAAAUUUUCCCACAUGAAUUUAUCUGGAUGUUAAUAAUUUUAAUUUUUAAAGUUUGUUUUUAGAACAUUGCUUAUUGUAGCAUGUAAACUUAUGUUGGGUGGGGAAAGUACAAACGGGAAAUUGAAACUGUUUUAAACAUGUAAAUUAAAUGAUCAACCCUACAAUUUUUGGUUUUUGUUUAUCUUUUCGGUUUUUGGUUUUUUGUUGUUUUUUUUUUUGUAAAGUAAUCUGGAUUGCUUAUUUUAUAUGCUGGGAUGCUAGUUGUUUUUUCUAUUAAUACACUUAACUUGCAUUCUAGCUUCGCCAUUCAGAGACAGGCAUCGUGUGGUGGGUUGUGUGACAGUGUCUGUCAAUAGUGAAGACAAAUAGUGCCAGAGACACUUAACCCAUCCAAUCUCACCCAGGGUAUAGGUCGGUCUCGUUUUCAGACUUCUUCAUAAGUCUUUCUUUCUCUUUCUUUCUCUUUCUUUCUUUCUUCCUUCCUUCCUUUCUUCUUCCUUCCUUCCUUUCUUUUUUUGUUUCUAAAUAGUGGAUUGAUACUGAUUGAAACUAAAACUUUCUGUAAAGUUUUAAACUUCACAUUAAUAUUAUAAGAAGAAAAAGAAGAAAAGUAGAAAAUGAAGGAUUUGCCUCUGAAGCAGGGAGUGUCUGCAUUAAAAAUGACCUGUAGUUCUCUGCUUCAUAGAUGCUUCUUCAGCUCCCUCCUCUUCCUCCAUGGGCGGUGCUUGCAGCUCCUUUACCACCUCUUCCAGCCCUACCAUUUAUUCUACCUCAGUCACCGACAGCAAGGCUAUGCAAGUGGAGAGCUGCUCCUCAGCCUUGGGGAACUUUAGAAAACCAAAAAGCAACUGGAGUAAAGAAGAGCCCUAUGUUGUGUGGACAGUAUCCUGUGAAAAGUGAGGGGAAGGAACUGAAGAUAGUUGUGCAACCUGAGACCCAGCACCGAGCUCGCUACCUGACUGAGGGGAGCCGUGGCUCAGUGAAGGAUAGAACGCAGCAAGGCUUUCCUACAGUAAAGCUGGAAGGUCAUAAUGAGCCAGUAGUGUUGCAAGUGUUUGUGGGCAACGACUCAGGUCGAGUGAAACCACAUGGAUUUUAUCAAGCCUGUAGAGUAACUGGACGAAAUACAACUCCCUGCAAAGAAGUGGACAUUGAAGGCACUACUGUUAUAGAAGUUGGCCUUGAUCCGAGCAACAACAUGACACUGGCUGUGGACUGUGUGGGGAUAUUGAAAUUGAGGAAUGCUGAUGUUGAAGCAAGAAUAGGAAUUGCUGGUUCCAAGAAGAAAAGCACUCGUGCCAGAUUGGUUUUUCGAGUUAAUAUCACAAGGAAAGAUGGAUCCACUUUGACGCUACAAACACCCUCUUCUCCAAUUUUGUGUACUCAGCCAGCAGGAGUGCCAGAAAUCUUAAAGAAAAGCUUGCAUAGCUGUUCAGUGAAAGGAGAGGAAGAAGUAUUUUUAAUUGGCAAGAACUUUCUGAAAGGAACUAAAGUUAUUUUCCAAGAAAAUGUUUCUGAUGAAAACUCUUGGAAGUCAGAAGCUGAAAUCGACAUGGAAUUAUUUCAUCAGAAUCAUCUUAUUGUGAAGGUUCCUCCAUAUCAUGACCAACAUAUAACUUUGCCUGUAUCAGUGGGAAUAUAUGUAGUGACCAACGCUGGAAGAUCUCAUGAUGUUCAGCCAUUCACUUACACUCCAGACCCAGCAGCAGCUGGUGCUUUGAGUGUAAAUGUGAAGAAGGAAAUAUCUAGUCCAGCAAGACCUUGCUCUUUUGAGGAGGCCAUGAAAGCAAUGAAAACUACUGGAUGUAACUUAGAUAAGGUAAAUAUUCUUCCUAAUGCUCUGAUUACGCCACUCAUAUCAAGCAGUAUGAUUAAGAGUGAAGAUGUUACUCCAAUGGAAGUAACAGCAGAAAAAAGAUCUUCUCCCAUUUUUAAGACUACAAAAACAGUUGGAUCAACUCAGCAAACAUUAGAAAAUAUUUCUAAUAUAGCAGGAAAUGGAUCUUUUUCAUCAUCAUCAUCAUCAUCUUCCCACUUACCUUCUGAAAAUGAAAAGCAGCAGCAGAUACAGCCUAAGGCUUACAACCCAGAGACCCUGACAACUAUUCAAACACAGGACAUUUCACAGCCCGGUACCUUUCCAGCAGUAUCUGCUUCUAAUCAGCUAUCCAACAGUGAUGCACUACUACAGCAGGCUACACAGUUUCAGACAAGAGAAACUCAAUCUAGAGAGGUAUUGCAGUCAGAUGGCACAGUGGUAAAUUUGUCACAUCUGGCUGAGGCGUCACAGCAACAGCAGCAGUCACCACUACAAGAACAAGCACAGACUUUACAGCAGCAAAUUUCAUCAAAUAUUUUCCCACCACCAAACAGUGUCAGUCAGCUACAGAAUACAAUUCAGCAGUUGCAAGCAGGAAGUUUUACAGGCAGUACUACUAGUGGCAGCAGUGGAAAUGUUGACUUGGUCCAACAAGUUUUAGAGGCACAGCAGCAGUUAUCUUCAGUUUUAUUUUCUGCUCCAGAUGGUAAUGAGAAUGUCCAAGAACAGCUCAGUGCAGACAUCUUUCAACAAGUCAGUCAAAUUCAAAAUAGCGUAAGCCCUGGAAUGUUUUCUUCAACAGAGCCAGCAGUCCAUACAAGACCAGAUAAUUUGAUAGCUGGAAGAGCUGAAAGUGUUCACCCACAGACUGAAAACACAUUAUCUAAUCAGCAACAGCAACAACAGCAACAGCAAGUAAUGGAAUCAUCUGCUGCAAUGGUGAUGGAAAUGCAACAGAGUAUCUGCCAGGCAGCUGCCCAGAUUCAGUCAGAGUUGUUCCCUUCAACUGCUUCAGCAAAUGGAAACCUUCAGCAAUCUCCAGUUUACCAACAGACUUCUCAUAUGAUGAGUGCAUUACCUACCAGUGAGGAUAUGCAAAUGCAAUGUGAAUUGUUUUCUUCUCCUCCUGCAGUUUCUGGAAAUGAAACCACUACAACCACCACACAGCAGGUUGCAACCCCUGGCACUACCAUGUUUCAAACAUCAAGUUCAGGAGAAGGAGAAGAAACUGGAGCACAAGCAAAACAGAUUCAGAACAGUGUCUUUCAGACCAUGGUUCAAAUGCAACAUAGUGGGGACAGUCAACCUCAAGUUAACCUUUUUUCAUCUACGAAAAGUAUGAUGAGUGUUCAGAAUAGUGGUACCCAGCAACAAGGUAAUGGUUUAUUCCAGCAAGGUAAUGAGAUAAUGUCGCUCCAAUCUGGGAAUUUUUUGCAGCAGUCUUCUCAUUCACAGGCUCAACUUUUUCAUCCUCAGAAUCCUAUUGCUGAUGCUCAGAACCUUUCCCAGGAAACUCCAGGUUCUAUUUUUCAUAGUCCAAGUCCUAUUGUCCACAGUCAGACUUCUACAACCUCCUCUGAACAAAUGCAACCUCCAAUGUUUCACUCUCAAAGUACCAUGGCUGUAUUACAGAGCUCUUCUGUUUCUCAGGAGCAGCAGUCAGCCAACAUAUUUCUUUCCCAGGGUCCAAUGAAUAAUCUUCAAACUAACACAGUAACCCAAGAAGAACAGAUUUCAUUUUUUGCAGCUCAGAACUCAAUUUCCCCACUUCAAUCAACUUCAAACACUGAGCAGCAAGCUGCUUUCCAACAGCAAGCUCCAAUAUCACACAUGCAGACCCCUAUGCUUUCCCAAGAACAGACACAAUCCUCCCAGCAAAGUCUAUUUCAGCCGCAAGUGUCCCUUGGCUCCCUUCCUCCUAAUCCUAUGCCUCAAAACCAACAAGGAACAAUCUUCCAGUCACAGCACCCAAUAGUUGCCAUCCAGAGUAACUCUCCUUCCCAGGAACAGCAGCAGCAACAGCAACAGCAGCAACAGCAACAACAGCAGCAGAGCAUUUUAUUCAGUAACCAGAAUACCAUGGCUACAAUGGCAUCUCAGAAGCAACCACCACCAAACAUGAUAUUCAACCCAAGUCAGAAUCCAAUGGCUAAUCAGGAGCAACAGAACCAAUCCAUUUUUCACCAACAAAAUAAUAUGGCCCAAAUGAAUCAAGAGCAGCAGCCCAUGCAGUUUCAGAACCAGCCCACAGUUUCCUCACUUCAGAACCCAGGUCCUACCCAGUCUGAAUCAUCACAGACUUCCUUGUACCAUACCUCUCCUCAGAUUCAGUUGGUCCAAGGGUCACCCAGUUCUCAAGAGCAGCAAGUAACACUCUUCCUCUCUCCAGCGUCCAUGUCUGCACUGCAGACCAGUAUAAACCAACAGGACAUGCAACAGUCUCCUCUUUAUUCCCCUCAGAACAACAUGCCUGGAAUCCAAGGAGCCACAUCUUCACCUCAGCCACAGGCUACUUUAUUUCAUAACACUACAGGAGGUACAAUGAACCAACUACAGAAUUCUCCAGGCUCAUCUCAGCAGACUUCAGGAAUGUUCUUAUUUGGAAUUCAAAAUAACUGUAGUCAGCUUUUACCUUCUGGACCAGCUACAUUGCCAGAUCAGUUGAUGGCCAUAAGUCAGCCAGGUCAACCACAAAAUGAGGGACAGCCACCUGUGACAACACUUCUCUCUCAGCAAAUGCCAGAGAAUUCUCCUCUGGCAUCCUCUAUAAACACCAACCAGAACAUUGAAAAGAUUGAUUUGCUUGUUUCGUUGCAAAACCAAGGGAACAAUUUGACUGGUUCUUUUUAACUGAAGAUAAAUUCCUUGAAGAAAAUCCUGAUUCCAAGAUGUCCUGAAAUCUUGUGGUUCCACGAGGAUUAUUAAACUGUUACUUUAAAAAAAAAAAACAAAAUAUGAAAAACUGUGAUUGAGUAAAGGGAUAGAUUUUACUCUGACUGCAAAAGAGCACACUUAUGCUGCCUGUUGCAGUGAUUAGCCACCGUUGUUAAUGUCUUCGUAUUUUAUAUUCCUAAUAGCAGUGAUGACUGAGAGUCUAUUUGAGUUUCCAGCUGACAGAGUUAAUUGUUGCUAUUUUCCUAGGCACUAUUUCUUUUAAAGUACAGUUUAAAUUUAAAAGCUGGACUACUCGGUUAUUAUUGCUAUUAGAAAAUAACUCAUUGUCGUGUUUACUUCUGUUCUUCAUUAUUUUCUUUCCUGCUUUGUUUUAGUCAAGUAAUGGCUUUUGAGAAAGUAAAGUUCAAAUAGUAACAAAGGCUGUGAUUUUUCAAUGCAAAAAGCACAGCUGUUGGCCAAAGUGAAGGAAUCUUUUUUCAGUUUUUAUGGAAAACUGAAAGGCUAAUAUUCUGACAAAUAAGCUGUAUUAAGAGCUCUGCACGGAUAAGAGGCCUCUUUAUUUAACACAAAGGCAAACAACACACAAACUGGGAACAGCUGGAAUGCUAUUGAUUUUAUUUUUCAGAGGUUGUUAAUUUUCUGUGUUUCUAUUAAAGGGUUUAGCCAUAACUGCAUAGAAAAAUAAUUAUCUUGCUCUAGAGGGAAUGAAGGGGAGAAUAUAUGGUAAACUGUAUUCUGAUGUCCUCCCACAAUAGUUUAAACUGACAAAUAAUUUUUAGUCAGUUUUCUUCUUAAUGCAGUCUUGGGCUGAUACUCCCUUUUAUAUUCAUCUGUAUUCUUCCUCUUUUUUUCCACUUAAUUUUAGAAAAUUAGUAAUAUACAAUUAGUAAUGACCCUGUAGCAACUCAAUGGAAAAGGCUACUGAGAUCUGGAUAACCCAGCAACUCCUGCAGCACAGAUGAGUGGUCCCUUUUCAGGAAUGAGAGGAGCUGAUUCCUGAGAAACAAGAAACAAUGCAUUUUUUCCCAUGAACGGUGCUGUUCUAAAGUCUUCAAUUUUUUCCUUAUAUUAGGAAACUAUAAAAUUU